AUGUCUGCCGAAGCCGCCGACCAACAGGUCAAGCUCGUCAGCAGUGACAAUGUCGAGAUCCUCACUGAGCGCAAGGUGGCUGAGCGCUCCAUGCUCAUCAAGAAUAUGAUCGAGGACCUUGGCGCGCCAGGCGAGGAGCCCAUCCCAAUUAUGAACGUCUCCGAAGCCGUCCUACGCAAAGUCCUCGAAUGGUGCACCCACCACAAGAACGACCCCGCGCCGACCCAAGACGACGACGCCGAUUCCCGCAAGAAGACGACCGACAUCGACGACUGGGACCAGAAGUUCAUGCAGGUUGACCAGGAGAUGCUAUUCGAGAUCAUCCUUGCCGCCAACUACAUGGACAUUAAGGCUCUUCUGGACGUCGGCUGCAAGACCGUCGCCAACAUGAUCAAGGGCAAGAGCCCCGAGGAGAUCCGCAAGACGUUCAACAUUCAGAACGACUUCACACCAGAGGAGGAGGAGCAGAUCCGUCGCGAGAAUGAGUGGGCUGAGGAUCGUUAA